UUUGUCUGUUGGACAAUAUACGGGGACGGUCCCCAAAACUUCGUUUUUGUGGAGCUUCUUUUUUCUUUAUAUUCCACAGUACAUAUUUAAAAAAAAUAAGUCAGCAUUUGAAAAGAUAUGUUUUUAGUUCACAAAUGUUUUAUUGAAACAAAACUACUCUUAAGUGCUGUAGUAAUAAUUAAAUUAAAUCAGCUACUAGACUGAGACAUUUAAAUCAGAUAUAAUUUGAGCACCUAAACUUCAAACUGAUUUUUUAAUGUUUAUAUACCUGCCUUAAGAAUAAAUUAAUGAAUAUAAAAUAAUGUUUAUAUGCUCAUGUUGAAUAUAUACUACCAGUCUGACUUACAUAUAGUAUGAAUGUCAGUGUUUCUUUUAUUGUAUCAACAGACACUGAGAAUAUGAAUAGGAGCUAUUUCUGGAUAAAUAGGAGUAUGACUUGGAGCAGUGCUCAGAAUUACUGUCGGGUGAAUUACACAGACCUGGUCAGUAUCAGGAAUGAGAGUGAAAACCAGAAGAUAAUGAAGACAGCACAGGGGGGCAACUUCUGGAUUGGCCUGUUCAACAAUCAAUGGAAAUGGUCUGAUGGACAAAAUUCAACCUUUCAAAACUGGGAUCAAACCUGCCAGGGAUAUGAUAAAACUGAACAAUGUGGGCUUAUUAAUACAAAUGGAAAGUGGUCUGCCUAUUCCUGCACUCUGCAGUUCUUCUUUUUCUGCAGUAACAGAUCCUGUGGGCCUCUCUCUUGCAAUACAACAUAUCUGUUUAUAUCAAAUGGGAUGACCUGGUAUGACGCCCAGAGCUACUGCAGAUCACACUACACAGACCUGGUCACUGUUGAGAAUCAAACUGUGAAUGACCAGCUGUUACAAAUCUUAGGACAAAGUUGGGGAUGGAUUGGGCUGCGACAUGGAAAUGACACUUGGCAAUGGUCCAAUGGAGACCAGCUGACCUACAGAAAUUGGAAUCCCAACCUUUACUGUGCUCAGGUUCAAACAGAUGGCUCAUGGGCAGAUUCCAUGUGUUAUGACCAAAUCCCUUUCAUGUGCUACAAGGAAACUAGUAACACAAAUGAGAGGUAUGUCUGGAUCAAUGAAAGAAUGAACUGGUCCAGUGCUCAGAACUACUGCCGAGUGAACUACAAUGACCUGGUCAGUAUAAGGAAUGAAAGUGAAAAUCAGGAGAUAAUGAAGAAGGCACAAGGCAGUCCAUUCUGGAUCGGCUUGUUCAACCACCCUUGGAAAUGGUCUGAUGGAGUGGCAUCAACAUUUCAAACCCCCAGUACUUAUUGGUAUUGGUACUGCUGGGCAGGACAGAAACUCUGUGGAGUUGGUAAACAGGAUGGAAAAUGGGGAGAGGAUGACUGCACACUGUCCAUUCCCUUCUUCUGCAGUAAAAGAAAAGAAUCAAAAAGGGUGUUUCUGAGAGUCAGUUUUGAAAGUCGGACCAAUGCAGAUGUCCAAAUUUUCAGUGAUGGCAUCCUAAAUGAGUUAAAGAAAUAUAUUCCCCAACAGACUCUAAUGAACAGCAAUAUUUCUUGGGUGAAGAGUGACGAAGGUGUAAUUUUUACAAAAGAAAAGAAAAAAGGAGCAACAUAAAGGAUUCCUGGAGCUACAUGUGACUCAAAAAUGAAUUGCAUUUGAAAACUAUAAGAAGCUGCG